AUGUGGUCAGCAUUGUCCACUUUCCUCGCGUUCUGUCAAUUGACCUUGGCACUCAACAUAAGUCACGCCACAAUGGCUCCCCUGCGGAAGCUUAAUUUUCACGUUCCCGACUCUAAGAUCAACGAAUUCACCUCGCUCCUCUCUUCUUCGAAAAUUGGCCCUGAAACCUGGUAUAACAACCACAAUAACACGGAUUUCGGUACCACUAGAGACUGGCUAGCCAAAGCAAAGGAUUCGUGGUUGGAUCUGGACUGGCGAAACCAGGAAGACCGCAUUAACAGCUUUCCCAACUUCAACACCACCAUCAACGACGUGGAUAUUGGGCCUAUAAACAUUCAUUUCGUCGGUCUUUACUCCAGCAGACGCGAUGCCUUGCCGCUCCUCUUCCUCCAUGGAUGGCCCGGUUCUUUCCUCGAGUUUCUUCCCUUGCUUGAUAUUUUGAAAAGCAAAUAUACCACAGAAUCUCUUCCUUAUCAUGUCAUAAUUCCCUCGCUGCCGGACUAUGGGCUUUCCGGUGGGCCAGUUGACACUGAACUCACGCUUGAAAUAGCGGCAAGGAUAAUGAAUGAGCUUAUGAUCACUCUUGGAUUCGGCUCAGGCUAUGUUGUCCAGGGCGGUGACAUUGGCAGCUUCCUUGCUAGAAUUCUAUCAGCCACUUAUCCACAGUGCAAGGCCUUCCACAGUAAGCAAAAUUGGCCCAGUAUAUCCGGACGGCGUCCAAACUGUACUAAUCACCAGGCAGUCAACAUGCUUGCUCCAUCAUCUCAGGAGGAGAUGCUUACUGGAGCCAAUAUCACUGAAGAGGAGUCACAGCACGUACAGCGAAUGCUGAAAUUCAGCACUACGGGGUCGUCGUAUCUUCUUGAGCAUGGCUUAAGACCCUCGACUAUUGGUCUCGUCUUAUCAUCAAGUCCACUGGCCAUGUUGGCCUGGAUUGGCGAGAAGUUCCUCGAGUGGCCUGACUCCCGUUAUCCACUUACUCUCGACACAAUUCUCACAAUGGUGAGCUUCUAUUGGUACACUGACACUUUCCCAAGAAGCAUGUAUCCCUAUCGAGCGCUUGCGGGGUCUGCUGCAGCAGAUGAGCUCUUUUCUGUUCCAACGUCUAAAGAAAAGCCGUUUGGCUACUCGGUGUUUCCGGCAGAGAACAUACUCUUGCCGAAAGCAUGGGCUGAGAAAGCGUAUCCAAAUCUUGUCUUUUACAAGCGCAACGACAAGGGGGGACAUUUUGCGGCUUUGGAGCAGCCCGAUACCUUCCUGCAGAACAUUGAGGAAUUCCUAGCGAUUGCUAGACCACUCAUUGAACUUUGA